ACUCCACUGAUAAGAUAAAAAAUUUUAAAUUCAAAAAUGUUUCCAUUAAUGUAAAUUUCAUCAUGUAAGUAAAAUUUUGAGUUUUCAUUAAUCUACCGUGCAAAGUAAGAUGAAAAAUCUGAGAUUCAUGAAACAUAUUUUUUUCUACCACGAUGAUGCUAAUGAUUAAAUGCUUUUUACGUCGUCAAAAUUUAAUUUCUUACAAAUGUUUUCGCACAACUAAAUUGUUUUUGUGCAAUGGAUCGCCGACUGCUCUUUCUCCUUGUAGCAGCAGAUCUUUAGCUAUCUCCCAAAAGUGUUUUUGCAGCAGUCCUAGAUUUUCUUUUGAAAUGAAUAAUCCUGCUAGAACUACUACCGUCGUUUUGGAAAAUUUUUACGUUCAAGUUGCGAAUUAUUAUAAAAAUCCUUCUUUUAAGUUGACUAAAAAGUUUUCCAAAAGUAAUAACGGGUUGUGGGCAUGUAACAUCGCUGUAAACUGGCCUAUACAGAAGGAAUUUUACGCUGAAGAAUCGAAAAAAACUGAAGCAGCUCGAGUUGCAUCAUAUCUCGCUCUUGAAUGGCUUAAAAGCCAAGAUAAAGUUGGAGAAGAUGGGAGACCUUUAUUGGUUACUGAGCUAGAUCCUUUUGUGAAUUUAGAUUUAGAUGCUACCUUCAUCAACUCGAUCAAAGAGUUAACAAAUGAAUUUAAUGAGGAAAUAAAUCCGUUAUUUGAAGAAAUUGCUGGAAGACACGAAGAAAUGAAAAUAUGCUUUGAUGAUGAUUGCGUUCCUAAAAAUUUCAACAUUUGUGAAGACGAAUUACAAUUGCGUAACAAAAUUUUGUACAAUAAGUUCCAAGAAAUCCCACCUGUGUCACCUCUUCCUAUUGAUUUGUUGAAAGAUGAAAUUAUAGAUACCGUUACGAAAAAUCAAGUUGUUGUAAUCAAGGGUCAUACCGGAUCAGGAAAAACCACGAGAGUUCCUCAAAUAAUUUUCAAUCAUUAUAUUGAGCAAAAUAAGGGAACUGAGUGUAAUAUUGUGGUAACACAGCCAAGACGUAUUAGUGCUACUUCUUUAGCUAGUAGAAUUGCAUUCGAAAGAGAUGAAUUGCUUGGACAAAGUAUUGGGUAUCAUGUCAGAUUCAACGUGAAUUAUCCUAAUAAACCUGGUUCAGUCGUAUUCGUUUCAACGGGAAUUCUGCUUCAGCGGAUGUUAAUCGAUCCAGAUUUAAACGGAGUAUCUCAUGUUAUUGUUGAUGAAGCUCACGAACGAGAUAUGAACAUAGAUUUAUUGCUACUUUUAUUGAAAGAAUUAAUCGAAAGAAAUAAUGAUAUUCGCGUCAUUAUAAUGAGUGCUACUAUAAAUCCAGAGAUAUUUCAAAAAUAUUUCAACAACUGUCCUUUAAUAUCGGUUCCUGGACUAAUGUAUAAUGUGGAUACAUUUUAUAUUAAUGAUAUUAUGACAAACACCUAUUUUCAAAACGAUUGCUACGAAUGGGAUGCUGUGGAUAUUGAUGAUAACCUUAUUUUAGAUGUAGUCAAUUGGAUCCAUUGUAACAAAGGACCUGGUGCUAUUUUGGUUUUCUUACCUGGAUGGUCCGACAUUUCAAAAAUGCAAGCUGUACUGCAAGAAAAUCAAGAUUUACUUGUAGUCGUUGCUCAUUCAAAAUUGAAAAUUGAGCAACAGCAAUUGAUAUUUCACCCUCCUUCGGCUGGGAAGCGAAAAGUAAUUUUAGCUACAAAUAUAGCAGAAUCUAGUAUAACCAUUCCCGAUGUGGUUUAUGUAAUUGACUCUGGCAUCGUUAAAGAAACAGGAAAUUAUAAUGGUAUUUCUGGAUUAACUAAUACUUGGGUGUCAAAAGCGGUUGCUGAUCAAAGAAAGGGACGUGCGGGAAGAAUAAAAGAAGGCGAAUGUUACCGUUUGUAUUCCAAAGAAAAGUAUGACUCAUUUGAACAAUAUCCCAUCGCAGAAGUGAUGCGUACUCCUUUAGAAAAAUUGAUUGUUUCCUUAAAAACUUACAGGAGCGAUCGACCAUGGAAUACGCUUUGCAAAUUUCCCGAACCUCCUCCAAGUAAUUCUGUUGCUGAGGCUGUCACCUACCUUCAAGGAAUUAAUGUACUCGAUGCUGAAGAAAAUUUAACCAUGUUGGGAAAACGAAUUUCUACGUUUGCUUUACAUCCUGCGCUAUCUGUUGCGUUGGUGUAUUCUGUAUUUUUCGACUGUGUUGACCCAAUGUUAUUAAUCACCUCGUUCCUCAACGGAGAUGCUACGUUCUUCGAUGUCAAUGUACGGAGUAGCAAAAGACGUUUAGUAUUAUCUGAAUACCAUUCAACUAAUGAUAACAUUGCUGUGUAUAAUUUUUAUCAAGAAUGGAAAAAACGGACUGACAAAUUUAUUUCGUCGUCUAAUCAAUACGGAUUAAACAAUAAAUCAAUGGAAAAUUUCGAACGUAUUUUGAAACUCAACGCGAAUUAUCUACAAACGGCUCAUUUAAUAAAAGCUGAAGAAGUAGUGAAUUUGGAAACUGAAGAAGAAAACGAGAAUACCCUCAAUUUUAUCGCUCCUAUUUUUCUGGCCAGUACCGCUAAAUUGGCUGUGAACUCCAAACCAUACUUUGCUAACGGAAAAGUUAAUCAUUAUUUGACUACUCUGGAAGGACUCAAAGUGCAGAUUUCCAGCGAUAGCGUGAAUUUCAAAAAUCCACAACUUUCUUCGCCGUUUUUAACCUUUUAUAAUAUGAAUACAACUGAUGGAUUUCUCAGAGUAUAUGAUACCGCUCCAGUUUCUGCGAUUGCUGUUCUCAUUUUUUGUCCUUACAUACCGCAAAUUUAUAAUUCGGAAAUUCCAGAAUCGGUUACUGUAGCAUAUCCAAAUAUUGGAUUACAAAUUUCUGCAAAGACAGAGGCGUUCAAUGCUUUGCUACAUUUGCGUGAUUUAACCUGGAGAUCUGCUGACUUCUUUAUCCAUUUCUACAAUGCCAAAAGUCCAGAGUUGGAAUUGAUUCAAGAUUUCAGAAAAAAACUUCGAAAUGUUUUAAGUACAUUGAUGUGAUGAACUAAAUUCGUGUAGUGAUGAUAAUUUAACAUUUCAUGGUAAAUGUUUAUGUUUUACUAAAUUCACAUCUAUCGAUAUUCUUCAGCGUCGAGCGUCGAGCCGGAGAAUUAAACUGAUGAAUGUACUUACUGUCAUUCACAACAUCGCUGUGUUACGUAUCUUUCAUAAUUUUCCGACUUCAAUGUGAUUAUUAUUACUUGUUGCAAUCUAACGAAGUAAACAAAUCAUUUAGAGUAA